ACGAAAAGCAAUUUUUGCUUUCCAAGGAUUUCUUGACCCUAAAAAAAUGGGCGAAAGCGACUGUUGCGUGCUGGGUCUCGUUGGAAAAACCCUUAAAUUUACUUCAGUAUCCGAUCUGUUGAAAGAAGUCUGCUUUGAACAUCGCAUCCCGACAAAGCAGUGGUGGAUACCUCUAAUCCAAUUGGUCACAGAACUCUCAGACGUGCGAUAAGUUGGCUCAGUGUACAGAUUAAAAAAAAACGUUUGAUUACUACCUAACGUGAACGAACAGAAACUAUUAACGUUUUUGAGUGGUUCUCCAUCGUAUUAGUUUCUGUGGAAUGUGUUUGUUAAGAAUAAAAG